GUGUGUGUGUUUGUGUGUGCGCGUGCGUGCGUGUAUAUGAGUGAAACUAGGGUCAGUGUCAGGGGGCUUGGUUGCAUUGGUGAGCAUAAAUAUUUUAUUCUCUUCUCAGAUUUCUUUUGUCCAUGAAGUUACCAGCUGUCAUGCACUCUAAAGAACAUGUGAAAUAAAAUAGGAGGCCAAACAAUUCAGUGCUUGAGAGGAGUCAGGUACAGAGACACUGCUGGUUUGCUACAUUAAUAAGCAGGCAAAGGGAGAAAGUGUGUAACUCUGCAUGUUAAGUAGGAGUGGACGACCACCAACAACUCAUUAUUUAUGACAAAAGGAUGAGCUUGGGGAACCGAAGACAGAGCUAAGCGAACUUUACCAACCAUCUGAAGAAAAGCAGACAAAAGUGUUGUGUGAGAGUGAGGAAGAAUGUCACAUGUCAACAAAGCCUCAAAACUCAUAACUGACGGAAAAGAAAGAAACGAAAGAACAGCACAGAGACAAAUGAAAAAAGGAGCUAAAAAUAUCUGUACUACUAGUUCUACAACCAAGGCUAGUGAGAAGCUUCCACUUAUCGGCUCUUCAGACACCAGGGCAACAGUCAUCACCACUCGAGCUGGGAAAAGAAAGCGUGCUCAGCCUCCCAUUUCUACUGCCCUCCGGAACAGCUUCAUGGCACCCUGGGAAGGUUCCUCUAACUCCUCGUGUACCAGCAUUCCCUCUGCUCUUCCUCCGGCUUCUUCUCCUUCUUCUCGACCACCUCCACCAAUCACACCAUCAGAGACUUCUAAAAAUCCACCGCAGGCAAUUCGAAACACCGACCAUGAUAUUCAACAAAGUGCUUGUGUGAAGCGAAGACUCCUGCCAUUACGAGGAUCCUCCAGACCCUCGCGCUUACCACCAUUACGCCAAGUUACCAAUCUCAGUUUUUCCCGAAGCUUCACUUUCUCAUUUUUUGAGCUACCAUGGCAUCAGUCAGUGCAAAAUCGAGCAGAUCGGUUCAAAGAGCUUGUUGUGCUGCUGAGAAAGAUACAUUACUGACUGAACUUUAUCCUUUUAUACAUUUAAUGUUACUAAUAUAAAAAUGGUCAAAAAAGAAAACGUCAAAUUGAAUCUAAAGGAACUUUAAUUUGACUAAAAAAAGGCCCUGUUGAUAAAUAUAAAUACAUAGCUAACACGCACAUCUGUAUAUACUCAUUACAAAUAAUAAUGUUUAUUAUGAAAUUCAGUGUAGCUUGUUUGGAUUUUUAUGAAAAGAAAGUUCAGGAACGUUCAAGUUUAAAAAAAAAAAACAUGAUGGUGCAUGUUUGUCUAAUGUUAAAAAUGUCUCUUUAGUAAUUUAAGUGUGAUCAAAAAAUAAUUGAUUUGAAUCAUAAAAUCAAUCUGUUAUAAUUAUUAUUAUUAUUAUUAUUAUUAUUAUUAUUAUUAUUAUUAUUAUUAUUAUUAUUAUUAUUAUUAUACAGUUGAGAACUAGUGCUUGAGAGCCAUUACAUGUAGGACAUUAGGAAUGAAAUCUUGAAUCUUGAAGUUGAUAAGAUAUUAAGAAUUAGUCUGAUUAAUUUUCUAAUUGUUGUAUUUUAGUAGAUAAAGCCAUCAAUACUGAAGGUGUGUUUACUCCAUAUCAGUAGAAUGAGUUGCUUUGACUGUAGCUAUGAUUAUAAAUGAGUUAGCUAUUGACGCCGAUGCAUUUCGUCUUCAAUCGUACCUUGAUAGACCACUCCAAAUCACAAAGGUCAACCUGCUAUUGAUAUUACCUGGAUGACUAGGAUAUUUUUCUUAUAUUGCCUCUAGUAAUAUGACUGUGUAAUAAUUAAUAAGUGUAUAAUAAUUAACCCAUCUUAAGUCAGGAUUCCAUCUUAGUUAUUCUCAAAAUUGACCAGGCCCAUUGAAAUAGUUUAUAAAGCAUUUUUAUUUAUUUUUAUUCAUUAUGACCUGUUGUUACAUUACUGUUAUUUGGGAAAUGUUAUUUGGGAAACUGUAGACUGGAAACCAGUGAAAAAUCUUGUGGAUGAUUAUCAAAAACUGGGUGGCUAGAGAUUCUUGUCAAAGAUUAGACAAGAUUCUUGUUUUUUAAACAUUACAAAUUCAAUCAAGUUACGUAACAACGACGUAAGCAACAAAACUUUACUUGUUUUGCAAAAUGCACGGAUUCAGUCACAGUGGAUGCAAAAUGAACAGUGACGCAGAAUAAAUAAACCAAAUUUAAACAAUCCCAAAGAAGACCUUAUAAUUGCUGUUAUAUAAUAACCUCAACUCUUCAGGGAAAGCUAGAUUUGGGGUCGUGGCUGUGGGGAUUUUUGCUCAUUCAACCACAGCAUCAUUAAUGAGUUCAUGCACUGAUGUGAGGUCUCGUGUGCAGUCAGUGUUCCAGUUCAUCCCAGAGGUUUUCUGUCAACAGGGAUGAGGUCAGGGCUUUGUGAACACUAACCCAAGAACACUCAAGUACUUCCACUCCAAACUCAGCAAACCAUGUCAUUGUGAACUUUAUACAAAGGGGCAAUGAUGAUGGGAAAUUGUACCAAAUGUGUACACUGAACAUAUAUACAGCCUUUAUAUUGAAACUCAAAGCUACAGUAUAUCAGUACUUCACUAACACUGCAUUAUCCUUCAUAUUAUGUUUUGAUGUUUGAAUGUUAAAAGCCUCCUUUCAGGUCUUAUUAGAAUUUUUAAAUAUCCAAAACAAUAUAUAGAUUGAUAUUUGAAGGGAAGUAAUGUAUUAAAUAAUCAUAUGAUUACAGUCAAUUGUUUUUCUUCUUAUUGACAGCUGAGAAUUGUUUUUCACUGCCUUUUGCUUUUACUGAACUUCAUAAUAUAGUUGUAUACUGUAUAACUAGAUCUUUUGCAAAUGAUCCCUGUUUUAUUUUAUGCUACAUUCAAUAUUCUAGGAAAUAAAGAAAUAUACACAUUAUGAUCUGUACAUUGAAUCUUUCACAGAUGACCUGCUUGAAAUGAUGUUUCAUUUCUCUUGAGAUAUAUCGCUUAUGUUGAAUACUUUGUUGAAGUUUGUAUUGCUUUCUGAACCGUUUACAAACUAGAAAUUGAUUCAAUGUGCUCUUCCAUGAGAGUGUCAGACUACACCAAUACUGGCCUUAAUUUUACUAGUUCAGCUCAGGAAUAAUUAUAUAAUACAAACCAAAGAAUGUUAUUAGUAAAUAUAAAAAAAUUUAUGCCAUGUAUUUUA